AUGGGGAAGCAUGAACGAGGAACACCGAAGGAUAUUGCAAAUAGGAUUAAAUCGAAAGGCCUGCAGAAGCUGAGAUGGUUCUGUCAAAUGUGUCAGAAGCAGUGUCGUGAUCAGAACGGUUUCAAAUGCCAUCUUACCUCCGAAUCCCAUCAACGGCAACUUCUGCUCGUCGCCGAGAAUACUAGCUCUUUUCUGAGACAAUUUAGCAGAGAAUUUGAAGCAAAUUUCAUGCAGAUUCUGAAGACCUCUUUUGGAACCAAGCGAGUCCGUGCUAAUGAAGUCUACCAGGAGUACAUUAAGGACAAGGGACACGUUCACAUGAACUCGACAGUAUGGCAUACGCUCACAGGCUUCGUAUUGUAUUUGGGAAAAAGUGGCAAAUGUAAAAUAGAUCAAAACGAAAAAGGAUGGUAUAUCCAAUAUAUUGAUCAAGAGGAAGUGCUAAGAAAAGCUGAGGAAGCUAAGCGAAUGAAAGCUGAGAAAGAUGAUGAAGAACGUCAGCAGGAGAUGAUCAACGCUCAAGUCCGCAGAGCGCUAGAGCAACAGGGUGAAGUGUAUGAGCCUCAAGCAACCGAACUCAUCAGAAGUGACGAUAGUGAAAAGAUCACUUUGAAUCUGAAUUUGGAUAAGAAACCAACGGCAGAGGAUUUGAAGCGACCUGUAUUUUCCGGAGUGUCGGUGUUUGAACAAAUCAAGAUGAAGAAAGAAGAACCAGCAACGCUAGAGCAACAGGGUGAAGUGUAUGAGCCUCAAGCAACCGAACUCAUCAGAAGUGACGAUAGUGAAAAGAUCACUUUGAAUCUGAAUUUGGAUAAGAAACCAACGGCAGAGGAUUUGAAGCGACCUGUAUUUUCCGGAGUGUCGGUGUUUGAACAAAUCAAGAUGAAGAAAGAAGAACCAGCAAGUGAUGAAGAAAGACCGAGUUCUAGCCGAAGAGAUCGAAGCAGAGACAGGGAUGAAAGGCGCGAUCGGCGAGAUCGUGACGCGAAGAAAGAACACAGGAGCCGCAGUCGAAGUCGUGACAAGGAGAGGGAUCGUGGCAUGAAAAGGGAGCAUAGAAGUCGGAGCAGAAGUCGCGAGAGGGAGCGAGAUCGACAACAGAAAUUUAUGGGAUCUGCGUUCUCUCAGGUGGUCGAAAAGACCGACCGUCGUCCUUCGUUCAAAAAGGACGAAAAACCCAAAAAGUCGGCUCUCGAUGAGAUUCGAGAACAGCAAGAAUGGUUCAAAGAGAAAAAGAAUAGGAAGGAUCAUUGGCUUCAUGAGGGUAUCAUUGUUAAGAUAAUCACGAAGAAGUUGGGAAAUGAUUUCUACAAAGCGAAAGGAGUUGUGAAAACGCUUAUUGAUGACUACACGGCUAGCGUGAAAUUAGAUGAUGGAACACUUGUUAAACUGGAUCAAGCACAUGUGGAGACGGUAAUACCGAAUGUUGGAAGGGAAAUGAAAAUAGUGAACGGAGCCUAUCGAGGUUGUGUUGCUAAGCUGGAGAGUGUCGACCAGGAUGCGUUCUGUUUGAACCUCCGUAUUUCGGAAGGGCCGAUGAAUGGUCGAACAAUACGUGUGCCCUAUGAAGAUGCUAAAAUGGCGAUUGAAGAAGUCGUAAUAAAAGGCAGUCUCAAACUAAAGAAAGGAGAUGUGUUCAAGAAAAAGAAGAAAAAGACUGUUGACCCAAAGAUGAUCGAUUUAACAAUAAAGAAGGAUGAACAGUCGGGAGCGGUCGGGAAAACGAAGGCUGAAAUUGCGUUCGAGAAGAGACGUCAAGAGACAAUGUUUGAGAGGAUGCAGAAGAAAGCGGCUGUGAGUCAUCGACAGCGAGUGGAAGAGUUCAAUAAGCAAAUGAGCGAGUUGACGGAGUUCAACGAUAUUCCGAAAGUGUCCUGGACGAAGUAG